AUGGCGAACACACAACAACAAGCAGGCAACAAAGGUCGAGUUCAAGUAAUUAGAUCAUCCCUUCCUUACCAAGUGCUCCUGUACUUAAAUGGAUGGUACUUUGGAUUUUUCUUCAUAUGUGAGAUAUUGAUAUUUAUUUUCAAAGGUGAAACCCUUCCAUAUGCAGAUAAUGUUUUACUUGCCGAGGUAAUUCUGCUAUUUGUCCUUGCAGCAAUUGAAGCACUGAGGAUAUUUUUCGCACAAAAGGGAAACCUGACAGAGAAGAUUGUAGGGGUUAUUGUUUCAAUCAUGCUUAGCAUACCAGCCAUUCUGGGGGCGUUGUUCCUCCUACUUUGGCAGACAUAUGUCCUCAAAGUCGACGUAAUCUUGGCUGCGAUACAGUUGGCAUUCACAGGACUCGAACUCAUUAUGGCCAUUGUUUCUAUCAUCAACUUUGCACGAGCUACGCCAUAUUAAGAAGAUAGUAUCAUCAUUAGAACUAUGAGACAGACAUUUCCAGUAUCAUGUAUCCAUGUCCUACCUUAAUUUGGAUGGCAGGUGUUGGAAAGACUUUUACCAGAGCCUGUCAUCAAACACAGGCUUCAUGCUGGUGUUUAGGAGAACAGGGCCAGUGUUUCUACCAUAGGACAUUAGUGCUUGCAUGUGUACAAUUGCUUUGUCUGAAUAAAAGGGUCACAGACCGAAUAUGUAAGGUACUGUAGAAAGAAGGAUUGGAACACGAUGAUUACACCUGGUCAGGUUUCAUAUCUUCAUGGUGUAUGACAGACAAGCUACAUUACCACACAUUCAAAAGCUUUAAAGGCUGUGAUACAGAGUUGAUAUGGUAGAAUUAGCACAAUUGUAAACAGAUGUAUAAUGUCUGUGUCAGGGUUUAUGUCUCAUCAUCGACAAGGGGAUAUAACUUUAACAACUAUUGUGUUCCAUUGUUUAAGAAUCUCUAUAUUAUAGGGUUUCUUGCAUUUUCUACCCCUUCACGUAGAAGUAAUGAAUUUAUCAAAUGAUGAAUCCCUAAACGCAGCAUUUGAUUAUAACUGAAAUAUGUGUUUGUAUAUAUAUAUUGUAAUUAUUAACAUAGAAUAUUGAAUGCAAAAUAUGAUUUUAUGUACAUUGUAAAAAAAGUAAACUUUUACAAUUCA